ACGCGUAUAAAGCCUGCGCAAACCUAUUAGGGUUUUGGCUUUGCUUAGUUAACCCUCUUCUCCGUAUAAAUAUAGGGGCAGUUGGACACGGAUUUUGCUCAUUUCCUUUUCUAGGGUUUCUGCCGGCGGAUCUUCCAGAGCUGUUGUCAUGGGGAGGAGACCUGCAAGAUGUUACCGUCAGAUAAAAAAUAAGCCAUACCCAAAAUCACGCUAUUGCCGUGGUGUGCCUGAUCCCAAAAUCAGGAUUUAUGAUGUGGGAAUGAAGAAGAAAGGAGUGGACGAGUUUCCAUUCUGUGUUCAUUUGGUGUCUUGGGAAAAAGAAAAUGUCUCCAGUGAAGCUCUUGAGGCUGCACGUAUUGCGUGCAACAAAUACAUGGCAAAGUUUGCUGGGAAGGAUGCUUUCCAUUUGAGGGUCAGGGUACAUCCAUUCCAUGUCUUGCGUAUCAACAAGAUGCUUUCAUGUGCUGGAGCUGAUAGGCUCCAAACUGGUAUGAGAGGUGCUUUUGGCAAGCCACAGGGCACUUGUGCAAGAGUUGCCAUUGGUCAGGUGCUUCUGUCUGUUCGUUGCAAGGACAGUAACAGCCAUCAUGCACAGGAGGCUCUCCGCCGUGCAAAGUUCAAGUUUCCUGGUCGCCAAAAGAUCAUUGUCAGCAGGAAGUGGGGUUUCACCAAAUUCAACCGAACUGAUUAUGUGAAAUUGAAGUCGGAGAAUCGCAUUGUAUCAGAUGGUGUCAAUGCUAAGCUGCUUGGAUGUCAUGGACCCUUGGCAAACCGUCAACCUGGAAGAGCAUUUUUGCGUGCUACUGCUUAAGUAGUUAGUUCUGCAGAAGACUUUCUGUUUGAAAAGCUUUGUUUCCGUUUGUUGAAGACUUUUGUUUUUGGAUGUUAUUUUAUUAUCAUAUUGUAGUGUGCUAUCCAAAGUACAUUUUGAGGAUGUAGUAUCAAUUUUUUCUGAUCGCUGUGGUUUAAAUUUUUGGAUCAAAAUUGAUGCCUUAACCCACUAUUAUUUUUCAUUGAGCAUUAUGUGAGAGGUCAAAGGUGGUGUUGUAUUGUA